AUGGGUAGAGUCGGUGUGAGGUCGAAGACGCAGGCCCAGCAGGGCCCGCCGCCUACGGCAGUGCUCAAGAUGCGACGUGCCUCCCGGUUGGGUACGCCCCGCCUUCCAGCAGCGCUGGUGACCUCCAGUGCGGCGCCUGGUCAACAAUUGGACACGGACAGCAUUGCGGAAGCGUCUGUUGGACGCAAACGACGCUUGUCUCGGACUGAGGAGCGACCACGCCUCGGAGCCUUGGGGUCGACGACCGAGAGCGCCGGACCCAGCCGCCAGCGCACGAUUCCAGAAGUUCUCGAGCGUAAAGCCGGACUCGUGGUCAGUACACCGAAACUUGAGCUCCCUCGAUUGGACUUGAUAAGCUGGGGCACGACACCGCAUGGGGCACGGCGACUCACGCCCGAGGCUGCCGACAUCGAAACCCCGGUCAACAGUGCCGAGUUUGUGGCGACUCCAUUCCUCGGCGAGGGCGCCUCCCGGGACGCAGCCAUGGGACUAGAUGCUGGAAUAUAUCGCACACCAACGUUCACGAUUGCAACAGCGGUCAAUGCGAAUUGGAUGAACUCGCAGGCGGCGUCAGCAGCAGACGAGGACUCGAACGCGUCGAGUACACUCGCGCCGGAGCAGGGCGCGGGCGCGAGCCAACCUCCACCAUCGCCAUCGCCUGCGCUCAAACGGCUGCACCUAUUAAACGGCAGUGCAAACGGCCGUUGGUGUCCAGCUCGAGAGAGCAAUUUCUCUGCACCAAGACCGCCUCUACAGAGUCAGCGACACGAGUACCAAACGCAAGCCGUAGCCACCGCUGAUAUGGACGCUCCCGAGAGCAGCACCUUCUCAUCCCAGAUGCAUACACAGACGUCCGUCUUGUCUCAGGAUACACUCGGGAUGCUACUGGCACGUCGCAGGGCAGUUCAGGCAGCACGAACAUCGACCGAUGUGGUCGGAAGAAUUACCUUUAGCCAGGCUGGCGACGAUGAGGCCGUAGCGAACGGCAAUAGCGCACCAGGUGGGUCGCUCAGCGAGCUACGUCCCGUGACAGCAGGAAUCCCAACACUUGUUCGCGAUCACGCGAUGAUGAUUACAUCCCAGGUGCCGGCGCGAUCAGCCCGACGUCCGACUGAGAACCCGCUCUGGGCGAAUACGGAUGCGCGCACCCAGUCGCAGACGGAAGCAGGUCCAGGAAACGGACUAGCGGCGGAGCGCAUCCACCGCAGCCUGUGGGGAUCAAGGCGUGCACCUGCUACUGCUACUGCUGCUGAGCUCAGGGAUUCCUUUCUUGCCAUGGGUGAUGUGAUCCAGUGCACAGAAAAUGGGCGUCAUCGCGAAGCACAGCCAACGAGUGCGCCCAUUAUCAAUCCGUUUCUGGUUUGUACGGAUGAACCCGAGACGCCAUCGAAAGCGGAGAUGUCGUCCGCGCAGCUGCGCCCGAAUCAGCUUCUCCCAGAGGUAGCCUCUUCGCCUUCGCGUUUCCUUCAACAGUUCGAGGAAGUACAGAUCCUCGGGUCCGGUGUCAAAGGCCAGGUACUGUUGGCACGCCAUCGUACAGACGGAUGCCUGUACGCCGUGAAACGCACCACCAGACCGCUGUUGAGUCGCACCGAUCGCCUCGACGCGUUGCGCGAAGUACACGCCUUGGCUGCCGUUGGUGCCCAUGAGAAUAUCGUUCGCUAUCACACGGCCUGGUUCGAGGAGCACGAUACGCGUCUCUACUUGCAGCUCGAGUACUGUGCUGGUGGCAGCAUGCAGCUGUCCGGCAGAACGCGUCUCACCACAGCAUCCAAGCUACCGCAUUAUUUGCGACUCGUCCGUCUGCUGGGGCAUGUAGCCGCUGCGCUGGCACACUGCCAUGCGCACGGCAUUGCCCAUAUGGACGUCAAGCCAGAGAACAUGCUCAUCGGCAGCGUACGGAAGCCGCAUCAGCAACUCCAGCUCCGGAAGCAGCCCACGAAACAGGAAGUAUUCAAGCUCGCGGACUUUGGGCUUGCAUGUCGUCUAGAUGGCGCGGACUUUACCGGUAGCGAAGGCGAUUCACGCUAUCUCUGUCAAAGUGUUCUGAGCGAGGCGCCGCUAGGCUCGCUCGUCCCCGUCGACGUCUUUGCACUUGGCAUCUCAAUAUACGAGCUGCUUACCGAGCAGCCGUUACCAACAAAGGGAGACGAGUGGCAGGCACUGCGUGCAGGCAGACUUGACCGCCUGGACGCACUCACUGCAGCGCCUGGGGAGACCUCGACCGAUGCGAACCUGGUGCUGUCGUUUCUUAUCGACUGGAUACGGCGCUGUGUGCAGCCGAGUGUACAGGAGCGACCAACUGCAGCAGAGGUUGCCCUCGCUUGCGAAACCUGGCUCGUGGAGCACGCUAGUCUCUCGUGUGAUGACCCGUAG